AUGUCAGAUACAGAUUUUGACUUUGUAGUUCUUACUGAAAUACUAUUUGGGAGUGGGGAAAAUAUAGGAUCAAAGCAGAUCCAGACAGGAGAGUCAGACUACCCACCCACACACACACACAGCUCUCCUACAACAUCCCCACACACACACACACAGCUCUCUAGCACUAUCCCCGACAUUCAGCUCUCUUACUGCACCCUCUAUAACCAGUUCUCUUACACUGAUCCUCCAUGUGCUUUCUUAACCCCCCAUUGCUCUCAUCUUGCGCUCAGACGUGAGUAUGACAUUGAUGAUGACUGUGACAGUCUUGCAUGGGAGGAAACUGAAGAGACGCUGUUAUUGUGGGAGGACUUCUCUGGAUAUGCAAUGUCCACAGUGGAGCCACAAGCUGAGGCUCAGGAGGACAGUCUCGAGGAAGUGAUAAAAGACACCGAAUCUCUUUUCAAAAACCGAGAGAGAGAAUAUCAGGACACCAUUGACCAGAUUGAGCUGGAACUAGCAACAGCAAAGGAUGAUAUGACCCGUCACUUGCACGAAUAUAUGGAGAUGUGCAGUAUGAAGAGGGGGUUAGAUGUACAGAUGGAGACCUGCCGGAGGCUGAUCAACCAAUCGGAGGAGAGGUCUCCCCCUGCCAGCAGUGACUCUGCUUGUAAUGAGGAUCCAGAAGAUUCUGACCGGGACCCCCCAUCCUCUGACAGCUCAGCCAGAUGACCCCCUGAGUUCAGUGUCACCUAUCAGGAUCUGAAGCUGGAUGUAUAUAAGUGUUUUACCUUCUCAUAUGUUUAGUAAAUGUGUGCGUCUGAUGCUUUACCAGAAGCUGGGUGCAAUGCUCUGACAGACUGUGGAUAUCAGGAGCAGCAGCUGGAUGCAUAUUAGUGUGUUGAGUUAAUGUGCGGGUGCAAAGCUCUGACAGACUGGAUAUGUAAGGGCUAAUGCUCUGCCAAUUGGUGCAUAUACUUUGAGGUGAUGGCAUUCUCAGACAGUGUGUGUAAAAGGUGCAAUUCUCUGGACAAUGCUAAUACUGUAUAUGGGGGUGUGAUCCUCUGUAAAUCAGGUCACUACUCUGCCACUGCCCAUAUGUUGUCCGACACUGCCUGUAUGUAAGGACAUUGCCUGUAUAUAAGGAUAUUGCCUGUAUAUAUGAGGUCUCAAAUAUAGGCAAUUUAUUUUCCAUAUAUGACAUGUGGGAUCUUGUGCCCAUUCUUGUAUUUAGUGUUGGGAGUAUAAUGAUUUCAGGUUAGGACAAACACAUAUGUUAAUGUGAUGUUACUGACCCUUUGUGUAAAUAUGAUAUAUACUUAGCAUGAUUGUACAUAAGUAACCUGUACAUACUCUCUAUAUAUAGCAGAUCCCUAUAAAUACAGUUCUAUAUCA